GCUUGCUGUCUCUCGUUGAAAGAAGAACCGUGUUAGGAUUCCACAUCAUACCGGAAUAACAAUGGUGACUUAUGAGGUGACCGUCUACACUGGCGAUCGAGUUCAUGCCACUACCAUGAACCCUGUGCACAUUAAGCUGGUGGGCACAGAUGGGGAGAGUGAGCGCACGUGGCUGAGAUCUUUAGUCAUCUUCAGGGGAUCAGUGUCUACUUACACAGUUUCCUGCCCAAACUCCCUUGGACAGCUGGUUCUGAUAGAACUAGACAAACGACAAUUCUUCCUUUUGCCUGGGGACGCUUGGUUCCCUGACAAGGUGGAAAUCAAAUCACCCGAGAAGGACAUCUACACCUUUCCCAUCUACUGCUGGAUCAAUGACAGGGAGACUCAUCGCUUCAGAGAGGGCAAAGCUCUGAGGAUCUUUGAUGAAAGCAACUCUCUCGGGCAGUAUGCGAGAGAGCAGGAGUUGGGCCAGCGAAGUGUCGACUAUGGCUGGGAUUUGUAUUACCCAGGUCUGCCUUACACUAUCGAGGCAGAUGGUACUAUGAGCUUGCCGGAUGAGGUCCAGUUCUCCUUUACCAAGGCAGUAGAGUUUGCAUUCACAGGGGCCACCGGGUUGGUUGAACUUCAGCUAAAAGGGCUAGCUGACAACCAAGAAAAUUGGACAACUCUUGACAAUCUCAAUGAUGUGUUCCAUAACAAAGACACACCUUUAUCAGAUUAUGUCCAGGAACAUUGGAAAGAGGAUGAGUUUUUUGCAUACCAGUUUCUAAAUGGUGUCCAUCCCACCUUGAUUCGACGUUGCAAAACUCUGCCCAAGAACUUCCCUGUGACUGAUGACAUGAUCUCCAUCCCCGAUGGCUCAAACUUGUCUCAGGAGUUGAAGCAAGGUAACAUAUACAUGUGUGACUACAAGAACCUGGACGGAAUGCCUGCAAACAUUAUCCAAGGAGUUCAGCAGUACUUGAUGGCACCCCUUGUCCUGUUUCAUAAAAGACCCAAUGACAAGCUGAUGCCUAUCGCCAUUCAGCUGAAACAGACUCCGGCUGAGGACAACCCCAUCUUUCUCCCAUCUGACUCUACAUACGAUUGGCUGACAGCCAAGAUUUUUGUGAGAAGUGCCGAUUUCACAGAGCACCAACUCAACGCACACUUGCUGCGCACUCAUCUACUGGGAGAGGCCUUUGCGGUGUCACUGUUGCGCAACCUCCCCAUGGUGCAUCCCAUAUACAAGCUCCUCAUACCCCACACUCGAUACACUCUGCAGAUCAAUGAAUUAGCACGCCAGCGGCUGAUAGGACCCACUGGAGUCCUUAACCUGUUUACAGCUUCCGGUGGAGAAAGUUUGAUGAAGAUCGUGGCAAAAUCACUGUCCUCCAUAACCUACAGCUCCCUUUGCCUCCCAGACGACAUUGCUGCACGCGACAUGCAGGACGUGCCAAACUUCUAUUACAGGGAUGAUGGCGUCCAACUGUGGAACAUCAUCUUCAAAUAUGUGCAAGGAGUGAUACAGUUCUACUACAAAAGUGACGACGAGGUCCGGCGAGACUCAGAACUGCAGACUUGGAUUGGCGACAUUUUUGAACACGGAUUCCUUUCCCAGCCACAAACAGGAAUCCCUCAGAGUUUCACCACUGUGUCCGAGCUAAUCAAGUUCACCACCAUGGUCAUGUUCACUACCUCAUGCCAGCAUGCAGCUCUAAACACCGGACAGUACGACUAUGGUGGCUGGAUGCCCAACACCCCAGCCACUCUGCAGCGUCCUCCCCCAACCAAAAAGGGUACAACAAGCGAGGCCACAAUGUUGCAGACGUUGCCCGUUAUCAACGUGACUGCUCAGGGAAUGGCCACAGUCUGGCUGCUCAGCAGGCAGUCCUCUGAUUUUGUCUCCCUUGGACAAUACCCAGAGGACCAUUUCACUGAGAAGACACCCCGCCAGCUCCAAAAGGAUUUUAAAGUUGAGCUUGACAUGUUGUCUAUCACGAUCAACAACAGAAACAAAGAUCUGGAAAUCCCUUACACUUACCUGGAUCCAAAUAACGUAGAGAACAGUGUGGCCAUCUAAACCUCGCAAAGUCACAAUCAAAAGGGAGGAUCCAAUGAAUCACAAAUGUCUCUUUUGAGCAUGUCAUAAUACUAAUACAACUGUCAUAAUAGUAAUACAAGUGUAAAGAGAUGUUAACAAAAUUACAACUAAAAUAAAGUUAAAUUAAGACACCUGA